UGUGCUUCUCGCCGGUGCAUCUUGCGCGCGCGCACUCGUGCUCGUCGCACCUCCUCCGGUUGUCGCGCGUCGCUUUAUCGACGGAAAGACAAGACCCCACGGUCCACGCGAUGGAUCCGAGAUCAAAGAUCAAAGGUCACCGGAAAGUAGGGGCUCACAUAAUCCCUGCUGUCGGCGUGAUACGGAUUCAGUCGAUCGCCGACCGUCCCGAAGUUCGCGCGCGCUUUCCUCCGCUCGUUCCUCCUCGUUCCUCCUCGUUCGCGUAUCCACCGAGAGAGAGAGAGAGAGAGGGAGACUCUCCUACAUUUUCCUCCAUAGCCCUUCCGCUUCCUUUCUCCGAUCGCUACGGUGUUGCUGCUGUGCAUACGCGCCGCACCCGUGCGUGAGAUCCGCGGAGAACGUGUCGUACACGCGCCACGUACAUACGUCCACACAGACACACACACACACACACACACACACAUACGUACGCGUACACCCACACCAUUCUUGACCCUUGAAUCGCGCAUAUAGUGAUAAUUUCCUCUACGGUCCGCGGUGGGAAAAGCGAGUGGCAGUCGACUGGAACCGGUGACGAUCUCAUCGAGCAGGAAGGCGCGCGAAGCGAGAACCUCUCGUACGUUUUCACGUUGUGUGAAGCAAGUGUCGAUUAAUCUGCAUCAUACAGAGGCGCAUACAACCCCCUUCUAGAGAAAGAAAGAGAGAGAGAGAGAGAGAGAGAGAGAGAGAGAGAGAGAGAGAGAAAAAGAGUAAAAUCGAAGUAACGGUGACCGGAUAGUGCCGCCACCAUGAUCGUGGAUGACAAACAGGAAAUGGAAGGUUUCUGGAUCAGCGGCGCGAUCCAUGCGAUCAAGGCGCUUUCGUAUGUGUACGACCUGCUGACGUUCCCCGUGUAUCUCAUACUACAGCGACCGUGGGAGAAGCGCAAGGCCUCCAGAAGGAUCAAGGCUCGGUCGAUCUCCAAAGAUGAUACCACCAUCACCUACAGAAGCGUCGACUCCCCGGGGCCAAUGCACAUCAUGCUCGAGCGCGAAAAGAUCGAAACUCUGGAGAAAAUGUUCCUCUGGGUCGUCAAGAUGCACAGCGACAAGAAGUGCUUCGGUACCAGGCAGAUCUUGGCCGAGGAGGAUGAGACUCAGUCUAACGGCAGAAUCUUCAAGAAGUAUAGAAUGGGAGAGUACAAGUGGAAAACGUACCAAGAAGUCGAUAGAUUGGCCUCAUCCUUCGGUCGGGGUUUGACAGAGCUGGGUAUGAGACCGCGCAAAAACAUUGUCAUUUUCGCCGAGACGAGAGCGGAAUGGAUGAUAGCGGCGCACGCGUGCUUCAAACAGAACUUCACUGUGGUGACGAUCUACGCGACUCUAGGUGACGAGGCUAUCGCACACGGUAUCAAUGAAACCGAGGUGGACACUGUUAUUACGAGUCAUGAACUUCUGCCAAAGUUCAAGCGGUUAUUGGACAUGGUACCAGCUGUCAAAACAAUCAUCUACAUGGAGGACCAACUCAAGCCGACUGACACGAAGGGAUACAAGGAUACCGUGCAAUUAGUACCCUUCUCUGACGUCAUCAAGAUGGGCAACGAGUCGAGCACGAGCGCUAUACCGCCGAAGGGCAACGACACCGCUAUAAUUAUGUACACGUCAGGUUCGACGGGAGUGCCGAAAGGUGUUCUUCUCUCUCACAAGAACAUCCUCACCACCUUGAAAGCGUUCUGUGACGCGGUAGAAAUCAGACCGGAUGACGUCUUUCUCGGUUUCUUGCCAUUAGCGCAUGUUUUCGAGCUUCUGGCCGAGAGUGUAUGUCUUCUGACCGGUGUGCCCAUCGGUUAUAGCUCGCCGCUCACGUUGAUCGACUCGAGCAGCAAGAUCCAGAAGGGAUCAAAAGGUGACGCGUCCGUCCUGCACCCAACUUGCUUAACUGCCGUACCGCUGAUUCUCGAUCGUAUUUCUAAAGGAAUAAACGAGAAGGUGAAAAAAUCCGGCCCGUUUAGGCAAGCAAUCUUCAAUUUCGCGUAUCAGUAUAAACUGAAGUGGACGAAACGCGGAUACGAGACGCCCUUGUUCGACAAGUACAUCUUCGGCCACGCGAAACAAGUACUCGGCGGUCGCGUCAGGCUCGUUCUUUCCGGAGGCGCCCCGCUCAGUCCCGAUACUCACAACCAAGUCAAACUCUGCCUCUGCAUCACCGUGACUCAAGGAUACGGUCUCACGGAAACGAGUUCUUGCGCAACAGUUAUGGAUGAACAUGACAGAACCACCGGUCGAGUUGGAGCUCCCACCACGGUGUGCGACAUCCGAUUGGAGAACUGGGAGGAAGCUGGUUACCGAGUCACGGAUCACCCGCAUCCCAGAGGUGAAAUCCUGAUCGGCGGUGAUAUCGUCUCCGCUGGUUACUACAAGUUGCCGCAGAAGACAAAAGAGGACUUUUUCCAGGAGGACGGAAGACAAUGGUUCCGAACGGGCGAUAUCGGCGAGUUCCAUCCGGAUGGUUCUAUGAAAAUUAUCGACCGGAAGAAAGACUUGGUGAAGCUGCAACUCGGUGAAUACGUUUCCUUGGGAAAAGUCGAAGCUGAAUUGAAGACCUGCCCAGUCGUAGAGAACAUCUGCGUCUACGGGGAUGCAAACAAGGCAUAUACGGUGGCGCUGGUUGUGCCUAACCAAUAUUACCUGGAGGAGAUUGCCGAAAAUCUAGGCAUAACAGAAAGGAACCGGACGGCACUCUGCAGCGAUCCGAACAUCGAGAAAGCGGUGCUCCAAGAACUCGUUGUGCAGGCACAGAAAUGUAAUCUCCAAAGAUUCGAGAUACCCGGCGCGGUGAAACUAUGCGCGGAGCAAUGGUCGCCCGAUAUGGGCUUGGUGACGGCGGCGUUCAAGCUCAAGAGGAAAGCAGUGCAGGAGCGUUAUCAGCAUGAAAUCAACCGAAUGUACGCCUCGUGAUGCUCCGCCAUAGGAUGCACCAAGUGCUGCGCGUAACGGGAGUCGAAAUCUAGGAAAUAAAAUCAACCUCGUCCGGCAGACGGUACCUCGAUAAUCCUCAGAUACAGAAACUUUGUCGUAAGCUCAUGUCGCGCGUCGAUCACACGGGACGCGAUCACGAUCCGAGCGUCAUGGUUGUGGCGGUGGUAAUGGCGGUGUGGUGACGCGCGCUGAAAUCGUAGAGAGGACAAUCCCGAUGAAAUUCGGCAUAGGCGCGACCGACGGCGGGAAAGCCGCCGCCGACUCGGAAGUAAAAGCAGAGUAGAGCCGAGAAGAUGGUGUUAACGUUCACUCUUCAUGCUUACGCCGGGGAUACGUACGGGGAUACGGUGUAGUAGCGCGAAGUCUUACGAUCUGCAAAAUGAAAGUAUCGCCUCGCACUUCUUCGUUGGGUCUUCCGAGCGCGACAAAUUUUUCUUCGCAUUUUUAUCGAUACCGACUGUCUGUUACACGCGACUCGAACGGACAUACAGGGCUUCGUGUUGCGGGCGAGUGAGAGCGAGCAAGCAAGCGACGUGGGGUUGCAGCGGAAUAAUGUUGCGCGCAUCACUGGGCAUCGGUUUUACAUAUGCGCAUCGCCGGCCGAGCAGAUCGAUACACGGUAAACUACUUGCCGUUGCGACACCGACACCGGCAAGAAACAAAUAAAUGGUGCAAGACGACUGUUCCCCGUCUGGGAAGUCGCUGUCGUCCUCUUUUGCCCCUCCCCCUUUAUCUCUCCUAUUUUAUCUGUUCCUUCCCCCUUUAUCGUCUUCUAUUUUUUUUUUUUUUUUUUUUAUCAUUUCGUGUUUGUAUCGCGGUGUUACCGCAUCCUUGCCUUAGUCGUAGCGUCAACGGCCAGUCACGAUAUCUUUGCGAACAAGCUAAUUUGCGCAAGUUCACAACUCGUACGGUGUACUUAUCUCGAUUAUUAUUCCAAAAAUCGAGUUUACACGAUCGUCGGAAGAAGGGACCGGAGGAGCUUCUUGCGCGCGUUUACGUACGAUUAGUAGUAGUACACGGAAAAUAUAAAAUUCGGUUCGCGGAAUUAAUUUUCCAUUGUUUAACGAUCGGACGAAACUCAAUUAUGGGAACAGGAAGAUAUCGAUCGCGUUCGGCAGAAAAUGCGUUUUGCGCUGGAAAAAUGGAGACUGCUUAAUAAACGUUGAGAAAGCAUAAACUACCAGUGUCGUUUAGCGAAAAAUCUUACUAUUAUUUACAAAGCGCUUGCCAAACUGUUUCUUUUUCUGCCGAAUACAGCCAUUUCUGUAGAAGGUUUUUAUUCGGCUGAUUGUUUUUGAUUAUUUCAGCCGAGUUUUAACGCCGAAUUAAUAUUUUCGAAUUUCGCGAUAACGAAGAUAUUGGUCGAGUUUUUGUCCGGCCCCCAUUUUUGUCACGCGAACUGAAAUUUUCUUUUUCCGUGUACAACGUAUAUGUAAAGAAGAAUAAGAAGCGGACGACGAGGUUGUUUGUAUUCGAGUAACGCGUAGAUAAAUUCGGGACAAUUUCAUCGAGGUAAAUAUGUUGUGUAAAUUCGAUAUUCUUAUUAUACUUAGCAUUAUACACUCUGUCUUAUACCGUCUGUGUAGGUACUCGUCGAGAGAGAUAUUCUCUGCCUACUUUUUCGAAAUGUUAAUUCAAGCAUCACAAAUAUUUCUCCCAGCAGCAGAACUGUAUUUUUGUGUAUGUAUGUAUGCGUGAGAGUAAAUGUGCAUAGGCAUGUAUGACCAUUUAAUUGUUGUAUGCUUACAUGCACAUAUGUCUGUAAGAAGAAGAUAAGAGAUGUGUGCGAACUUUUAAAGCGAGUAGACAACAAACGAAUAUUAAGUUUACAAAUUUAUAAUUGUUCUAUGUUUUUAGUUUCCUGUGUUCGUGAGCUUCCGCCGGUUCGGAAAGCAGGUUUAUCCUGUCGCGAUAUGUAAAGAUAGCGUCAUGGUUCAUACCGAGCCGAUCGUCGGCUAUA